CUCCUGAGGGAGAGCGCGCGGCGUGGAGCAGGACACCUAAACCAUCCUCCAGACAUCAGCCCGAGACCACAGCCCGGCAUGCCUUACCUCCUCAUCAGCACCCAGAUCCGCCUGGAGACUGGGCCCACCAUGGUAGGAGACGAGUUCUCAGAUCCUUCCAUCAUGAGCUAUUUGGGAGCCAGGAAAACCACCAUGCUGGGCAACAACUUUUCAGAAUACCACGUGGAUGAACCUCCUCGAAUGGUUCUGGACAAGCUGGAGAAGAUCGGAUAUAAAGUCGUGACGAUGACGGGGGUCGGCCAGACCCUGGUGUGGUGCCUUCACAAAGAGUCCAGCGACCUCUGAUAACCUCCAGCGGAUCAUUCUCUGUUGCACUUUUUUUUUUUUAGUUUUUGUAAAAAUGUGAGAGUCUAUAGUGUUUACACUACCAGGUGAGGGUAUGAGGUCACGGUCCAGGUUCUGGUCCAUGAUCUUAUUCAGUGAUGAUGAUGAUGAUGAUGAUGAUGAUGAUGAUGAGAUACUGGGUUGGGGGGGGGACCAGUAUUAUACAUGUAUUAAAAAUUGUUUUCAUUGUGUUUUUUGUAGUUUUGCUACUAGAACUCUUAUGCUAAAGCUGCACAUUAAAUAUGCCUUAUUAAAAAAUGACAACGCUGGUGUUUAACUUAAUUAAAAACACUGUGUUACACCAGUUUACACUUUA